AUGGGGUCAGAGUCAGUGAAGGUGGUGGUCAGAUGCAGGCCCCUGAAUGACAGGGAGAAGGAUCUUGGCUCUGAGAUGGUGCUGUCCAUGGAUCUGCACCGCUGCCAGUGCUUCAUAGAGAAGCCUGGGGCAGUGGAUGAGCCACCCAAACAGUUCACCUUUGAUGGGACUUACUUCACUGAUCAAACCACUGAGCAGAUGUACAAUGAGAUCGCCUAUGCUUUGGUUGAGGGUGUCACUGAGGGAUACAAUGGCACAAUUUUUGCCUAUGGACAAACUGGAAGUGGUAAGUCUUUCACAAUGCAGGGGGUGUCGGAGCCUGCGGCCCAGAGGGGAGUCAUCCCGCGGGCGUUCGAACACAUCUUUGAAAGUAUUCAGUGUGCAGAAAAUACAAAAUUCCUGGUGAGGGCCUCCUACCUGGAGAUUUACAAUGAAGAAAUCAGAGACCUUUUGGGAAAGGACACCAAACAGAGGUUGGAGCUGAAAGAGCACCCAGAGCGUGGGGUGUAUGUGCGGGACCUCUCCAUGCACACUGUCCACAGUGUGAGGGAGUGUGAGGGAAUCAUAGAGCAGGGCUGGAGGAACCGGGCAGUGGGCUACACUCUGAUGAACAAAGACUCCUCCCGCUCCCACUCCAUCUUCACCAUCCACUUGGAGAUCUGCAACACUGAUGCAGCUGGCCAGGACCAUCUACGAGCAGGUAAACUCAACCUUGUUGACCUGGCAGGAAGUGAGCGUCAGUCUAAAACUGGCGCUACUGGUGAACGACUGCGUGAGGCCACCAAGAUCAACCUUUCCCUCUCGGCUUUGGGCAACGUCAUCUCUGCCCUGGUGGACGGACGCUCAAAGUACAUCCCCUACCGAGACUCCAAGCUGACCAGGCUGCUGCAGGACUCUCUGGGAGGGAACACACGCACCCUGAUGAUCGCCUGUCUCUCGCCUGCUGACAAUAACUACGAGGAAAGCCUGAGCACGCUGCGCUACGCCAACCGUGCCAAGAGCAUCCAGAACAGACCUCGUAUCAAUGAGGAUCCCAAGGAUGCUCUGCUCCGUGAAUAUCAAGAGGAGAUCAAGAAGCUGCGUGCCCUCCUCUCAGGCCAGCUAGGCACUGCUAACCUUUCCACUCUGCUGGCUGGUCAGUUGUCUGAAACGUCCCCUGAGCUUCCUUCAAGGCCACAGUCAAGCAGCACAGAAGCAGAAAAGGAGAAAAUUAAAGAGGAGUACGAGGAGAGGCUGGCCAAGUUGCAGGCUGAGUACAAUGCAGAGCAGGAAUACAAGGCAAAGCUGCAGGAGGACAUCGCUGCCCUGCGUUCCUCUUAUGAAUCCAAGCUGGGUAAUCUGGAGAAGGCCCGAGCCAGCAGGGAGAGCUCUGUCCCAAAGAAUGAUAAGAGAAAAUCAUCUGCACACAACAAAAAACCCUCAAGUUCGAGCUGUAUGACGCAGGUCGCCGAAGAAGGGCUCUGCCUUAAAACUGAUCUGUUGUGCCACAGUGCAACUGGGGAAACGUCUCUGACCAAGCCUGCUGUACCUUGUGCAGAAGCUGGUGUCCAAAAAGGUCCAGACGGAGACGGGCUCAUAGACUCACCUGAUACAAGGCCUCUGGACCAGAAACAUGUCCUAGAAAGGCUGCAGCAGCUGGAACAAGAGGUGGUAGGAGGGGAGCAGGCCAGGAACAGAGAGCUACAGCAGAGACACCGGCAGAGGAAGAACCUCGCCGACCAGAGAAAAGUCCAGCUUAUCCGCGCUCUGUCAGAAAACAGCGAGGAGAGCGAAAAUGUGCUGUUGAAUGUCUACAACUCUAUCCAGGAAGAGGUUUAUGCCAAAAGCCAGAUUCUGGUCAAAGUGCAGGGCAAGCUGAAAGCAGCCAAGCUGGAGAUCCGUGACCUGCAGGCAGAGUUUGAAGUGGAGAGGAACGACUACCUGGCAACCAUCCGCCGGCUGGAGAGGGAGGGCCAACUACUGAACAGCCUGCUGGAGCGUAUGGUGCCCCUGGUGCGCCGUGACUGCAACUACAGCAACCUGGAUCGCCUGAAGAAAGAAGCUGUCUGGGACGAGGACAGCGCCACCUGGAGGCUGCCGGAUGUGAUGGUGCAGAAAACAACACUGCCUUCAGCAGUGCAUCAUAAACCUUCAGCUCGCAGAGGCUCAGCAGCUGAUAGUGGAGAACCCUUCAUGCAGGUGGAAAAGGACAGGUAUAAGGAAAUGCUGGACCGCAGAGACAGUGAGAACAUCGCAAGCAGCUACUUCAGGUCAAAGAGAGCCAGUCAGCUGCUGGGGGGUGACACUACCAAGGGACACUCCAUCCACUCUCCUCCCCUGGUUAACGUGAACCCACCUGUCAGCUCCGACUCCGUCCUGCCACGACCCUUCCGCCUGGAGUCGCUGGGUGUCCCCGUGUCCAACGGUAAGGUGAAGCGCAAAAAAAGCAAACCUCACAUCCAUAAUGAUGAGAUAUGA